UGGCAAUCUACCGAAUACAUUUUGGCAUAAGUCUGUUCGGUUAAACUUGUACAGAUAUUAAUCCUAUCCGAUGCCAAAGGGUUAAGCCGUCAAUUGUUGUCAGCUUGUUCCUCCGUCUCUUUCCCUUUUCUCUCUGUGGCUUUCAAAUUUCAACCAUUAUUUUUCACGAGGGGGAAAGAUAAUUUAUAGUAGCAAUUUGUUCCUCCCAUUUUUAUAUGAAACGUUUGCAAUAUCUCCUAUUUGAUGUCCCAUUUUCUGGAUUAAAGUACGACACAUCAUUCCAAAAUUUUACUGCUAAUAAAGAGAAAGUUUGCUUUAUUCUUAAGUAGGAGAGGCAAAGAACUUUUUGCAAACCAUAUGGAGGAUGAUAGAAAAACCACCUACAAGGAUUAUUACAAGGUUCUUGAAGUGGAGUAUGAUGCAUCCGAUGAGACGAUCAGAUUAAACUAUAGAAAGCUUGCACUGAAGUGGCAUCCGGACAAACACAAGUGUAAUGAUGCAGUAACCGCUAAAUUUCAAGAGAUUAAUGAAGCUUAUACGGUGUUAAGUGAUCCUGAUAAGAGACUUGAGUAUGAUUUAAACGGAAACUAUGAGAUAAAUGAUUAUACCUUGCCAGAAUAUCUAUCCAGAUUCAAAGGGAUGAUACUUACCUCUAAUGGGCUUGGUAUGAGUUCAGUCUGGUUGUGAAGAUUCUGAAGGUGUAGAAAGUGUCAGACACAUGAUUACGCGCAUAAUUUUCCUCGUCUUUCUAUGUGCAUGUGAAACAGAGUUACCAGCACAGAGGAGAAGUCAUCCAUAUAGAAGACCACAUUCUCUCUCCGAGUUAUUAGAUUUGUCUGAUUGUCCUGUCUUUAACAGCAUCAUAGUGUUUCUAAAUAGGAAUUUGGAAAGAGUUAGCGAGGACUAUUUAACAAAAACUUGAGCAUUUGACUGACUUCUGAUGCUCUUUUGUUUGGUUCAAAGUUGCUUGCUUAUUUUGAUUUCUGAAAAGAUUGUAUAUUUUACUGUACACUUUUAGAAAUAGUAGAUAGUUGAGCAAUUUUCGGCUUAAGACAACUUGUAACAAACCCUAAAUUCAUUGUUAAUUCAUGCUGUAGCAUCAUCUCGCCAGCAGCUUUGCUGUUGAUCUGCUAAUGCUUUUAAACAGAGAACAGAUUCUAAAUCCUUUGUUACUUUCAUGUCAACAUUCUAAUAGCGAAAUCCUUUAUUACUUUCAUGUCAACAUUCUAAUAGCGAAUC